AUGGGCGUUGAAUAUACCGAGAGAUUACUCGGUAGGUUAUUAAGGACAAAGACCGAAGAAGAAGAGUGGAAGGAGCUGUGGAACAGUGAGAUUUGGAGGUUAGGAAAGGGGGAUGAGAUUGUCCCGGCUCUUAAACUAAGUUACAAUGAUCUUUCAGCAUGUUUGAAGCAGUUGUUUGCAUACUGCUCCUUGUUCCCCAAAGACCAUCUGUUUCAUAAAGAGAGUUUGAUUUUACUUUGGAUGGCAGAAGGUUUUUUGAACCAGUCAUCUUCAGACAAGUCAAUGGAGCGCUUAGGUCUUGAAUAUUUUGAAGAGUUGUUGUCAAGGUCAUUUUUUCAACAUGCACCUAAUGACAAACAUAUGUUUGUGAUGCAUGACUUGCUGAAUGACUUGGCCACAUCUGUUGCUGGAGAAUUCUUUUCAAGAUUAGACAUUGAGAUGGUACAGGAUGUUAGGAAGGAAGCCUUGGAAAAGUACCGACAUAUGUCAUUUGUUUGUGACGAAUAUGUAGCUUACUCGAAGUUCGAUCCAUUCAAAAGAGCUAAAAGUUUGAGAACAUUCUUAUCCUUACAAGGAAAAGAUAGUUUCGAAAAGUUUUACUUAUCUAGUAAGAUUUUAGUUGACUUACUUCCCGAAUUACCAAUGCUAAGGGUUCUAAGUUUGGGAAAUUUAUGCAUCAGCGAGGUGCCAGAGACCAUUGGCAGUUUGAAGCAUCUCCGGUAUCUUAAUUUAUCUGAAAACCCAAUCACACAUUUACCAGAAAGUGUUGGCAAUCUCGACAAUUUGCAAACAUUACUCCUUUCUGGUUGUAGUGACUUAAUUCAGUUGCCCAACAACUUCUCAAAGCUUAAAAACUUGCGGCAUUUGGACAUUUACGGAACUCCGCUUUUGAAUAAGUUACCUCUGUGGAUUGGCCAAUUGAAAAGCCUACAGACUCUCACCAAGAUCAUUGUUGGAGGAGAUAAUGACCUUGCAAUAACCAAGAUUAAAGACCUUACAGAUUUUGAUGGGUGGAUUCACAUCAAGGGGUUGGACAAAGUGGAAAUGGCAAUGCAUGCACAAGAGGCAAACUUAUUGCAAAAGAGGUUUAUUCACUUAAAACUAGAAUGGAGUGAUGUGUUUGAUGGUUCUCGAAAGGAGUCUCUUGAGAAGGAGGUCCUCUGUGUGUUGAAGCCUAACAGUGCUAGUUUGACAGUCCUUGAAAUAGCGUCAUAUGGGGGUAAAGAAUUUCCUAAUUGGGUUGGGGAUCCAUCGUUUCUUCAGUUGACUGAGGUGUUUAUACAUGGCUGUAAAAACUGUACAUCUUUACCACCACUUGGUCAGUUACCAUCACUCAAGAAGUUGUUUAUUGAAGACAUGGAUGAGGUGAAAGCUUUGGGUUCAGAGUUAGUAGGGACUGGUCUUCCAUUCCCUUCACUUGAAGUUCUUACAUUAGAAAAUAUGAAGAGGUUGGAAGUAUGGUCAACCAAUAAUGGGGCUGUGUCGUUUCCAUGCCUUCAAACGCUUGUUGUAAGAAAUUGUCCUAAUUUGGUUCAAGUGUCACCUGAAGCUCUACCUUCUUUGAAUAUUCUAAAAGUAUCUGAAUGUGAUAGUGCUGUGUUGAGAAGCCUGGUUCAAGUAGCUUCAGGACUUGGGGGUUUGCAAAUAGAAAGUAUUUCAGGGCUUGAUGAUGUGGCGUGGAGAGGUGUUAUAAAGUAUCUUGGAGGAGUCGAAUAUUUAAUGAUAAAAAACUGUAACGAAAUAAGAUACUUGUGGGAGUCGAUGGCUAGUAAGGCUCUUAUAUGUUUAAUGUAUUUGGAUGUACUGGAAUGUCAAAAUUUGGUGAGAUUAGGAGAGAAAGAGGAAGGGGAUAGUUGUGGGAGCAAUGCUAUAACAACUCUUAGGACAUUAAAGAUAGAAAAAUGUGAGAGUAUGGAGCAUUGUAGGUGUCCAAAUAACAUUGAGGAGUUGGACAUCUCAGAUUGUCCUUCCAUUACAUCUGUUUCAUUUCUUACAACAGCUGGAGGGCAGAAGCUCAAGUUGCUUUCCAUUAAAGGCUGUGACAAACUGUUAGAAAAGGAGCUAAUAUUUGGAGGGGAUAACACUAGGGUGCUUGUCAACAACACAAGCAUGCCAAUGCUUCAAAGUGUUAAAUUAAACAACUGGCCAAAUCUGACAAAGAUCAUUGAAUUGAAGCAGUUGAUUCACCUUACUCAGCUGAGAAUAGUUGAUUGUCCAAAUAUGGAGUCAUUUCCUGACCACGAGUUGCCUAAUCUCACCUCCUUAACACACCUGGUAAUAUACAAUUGCCCAAGUACAGAUUCUUCCUUUCCUCGUGGGUUUUGGCCUCCCAAAAUGCGUAACCUUUUCAUAGGGGGUUUGAAGAAGCCCAUCUUAGAGUGGGGACCACAGAAUUUCCCAGCCUCACUUGUCGACCUAGGGUUAUACUGUUCACAGUCAGAAGAAGAUGAUGUGAGUAGAUGUAGUCAGUUGUCUCAUCUUCUUCCUUCACCUCUUACUACUCUUCGAAUAGAUAGAUUUAAGAAACUGAAAUCAGUUUCAGUGGGAGUCCAACACCUCACCUCCCUCCAACAUCUCUUUUUAGGGGGCUGCCCAAAGAUGAAGCAUCUACCUGACAUUCUGCUGCCUUCACUUUUAAGUUUAAACAUCUUUAACUGCCCAAAGCUAAAAGGAAGGUGCAGUAGAAGAGGCUCCUAUUGGUCCCGCAUCUCUCAUAUCCCCCGCAUCAAAAUAAAUGAAGAAUGA